UGUUGGCUCCGCUUGAUGGAAGCGGAUGCAGGAAGCGGCGGAGGCGGAGGCGGAGGCGGAGGCGGAGGCGGGUGUUUCUGCUGGGCUGGUUCUGUUUCUCUGCUCUUCCUCACGCAGACAGCAGCUAUGAGCGCGUCUUCAGCUGUGCAGAGGCUGGCGGCUCUCAGCGGGGCUCUGGCGGUCACCGCCGGCGCGUACGGAGCUCACGGCCUUAGGCUGAGUAACAGAGAUGAUUACCAGAAAGAGCUGUACAGCACUGCCAAUACCUAUCAUUUCUACCACAGUCUGGCCCUGUUAGGAGCCUCUCGGUGCAGAAAGCCAGCUCUGGCUGGGACUGUCCUUCUGGCUGGCAUGGGAUGUUUCUGUGGCCCCCUGUACCAUCAGGCCCUUACAGGUGACCCUUCCUUCUCCAAGCUGGCACCAGUUGGUGGUGUACUUUUUAUCGUUGGCUGGCUUGCCAUGGCUCUCUGAAGUUGGACCUCUCUUUGGUACACAGGCCCCUGACUAUUUGACCACCUCACUCUGGCCUGGAGUGUUGAGAUGGAGCAGUGGAAGAAAACUGGAGAUAUGGUGUAGAGGGUAGAGUUGGUCAGUCAUGUCUGGCAGAUGAUAAUAGUGUUGGGGAUCACACUUCCCUUUUUACAGAAAUUCUUGUUUUAUAUGCAUAGAAACACUUGGUGAGGCUGUGAUUUAAUGUGAGUGAGUGAUAAAUGUGAUGUCUUGAAAUGAUGUAAUUUUGCACUUUUCUUGGGAUGAAAAAUAAAGCUGUCUGAGAAACUGA